GUAAUAUAUGAAUAAAAAUCGAGUUAUCGAUAGGGAGAAUGUAUCGAUAAACUAUCGAAAAACUUUUUGAGUCUGUAACUGUCUAUAUUAUAGGAACUGGUAAAUUUCUGGAAUCAAUUUGUAAGGUACUGCCUAAAAGUAUUUUCUUUAUUAAUUUAAAACGCCUGAUAUUAUUUCAAGAAAGUUAAGUAUAUGUGCUUAUGCAUGCAUAUAUCCUACAAAUAACAACAAAAAGAGGAAAUUGACAAAAUAUGUCAGAUCCAAUUGAUUAUAUUGAUUUAACAGUAGAUUCACCAAUUGAUAAAUCUUUAAGAUUACGAAAUAGAAAUGUUUUACGAAAUAAAAAUAUAUCUAAUAAUAAUACAACUAAACCACGAAAACGCAAACCAAAAUUAACACAGCUUCAAGAUUCUAUUAUAGAAAUACAUGAGAAUACAUGUAAAGAAGCAAUGGAAAUUAUAGAUUUAGAUAAUAUUAAUACUACAGAGAAAAAUGAAUUAAUAUAUUAUGUUGAUGAUUCUAAUGAAGGAAAUUCAAUUGUUUUGACUUGUCCAAUAUGUUAUGAACAAUUAUCUUCUAAAAUGAAACCAACAUGUACUCCUUGUGGACAUAUAUUUUGCACACAAUGUUUAAACUUAGCUUUACGUAGAGCUAAAAAAUGCCCAAUAUGUCAAAAAAUUAUUAAACAGCAAUCUUGUACUCGUAUACAUUUAUUAUAGUUUUUGUUUGUCAUAUUUAUUUACUUUCAUUUUUAUAUGUAUGAUAUAAUGAACAAAUAUAAU